UUCCCCCACCCCCCAACCCUAGGCCACUCCAUAAGUACCCCCACGUUCAUCCUGCUUUCCAUUCGCCUCACCCAACCCCAACGCACUCCUCUCUUUCUCUCUCUCUCUGUGUCUGUCUCCCACAAACACACAAUGGCUCCAAUGAGUGUGCUAAGCAUUGCUACACUUCUCAUUCUCUUUGCGGUGGCUGACGCUAGAAUCCCCGGGAUUUACACCGAUGGGCAGUGGGAGAGCGCCCACGCUACCUUCUAUGGUGGCAACGACGCCUCUGGAACUAUGGGUGGUGCCUGUGGAUACGGCAAUCUCUACAGCCAAGGCUACGGAGUGAAUACGGCUGCAUUGAGCACUGCGCUCUUCAACAACGGGCUGAGCUGUGGCGCGUGCUUCGAGAUCAAGUGUGCCAACGACCCCAGGUGGUGCAACCCUGGCAGCCCUUCCAUUUUAGUCACGGCCACCAACUUCUGCCCCCCCAACUUUGCUCAACCCAGCGACAAUGGCGGCUGGUGCAACCCCCCCAGGCCUCACUUCGACCUCGCCAUGCCCAUGUUCCUUAAGAUCGCUGAGUACCGCGCCGGAAUCGUCCCCGUUUCCUACCGCCGGGUCCCAUGCCGAAAGCAAGGAGGAAUCAGAUUCACGAUCAAUGGAUUCCGUUACUUCAACCUGGUUCUGGUCACCAACGUCGCGGGCGCAGGAGAUAUCGUGCGCGUGAGCGUGAAGGGGACGAACACUGCCUGGAUGAGCAUGAGCCGCAACUGGGGCCAGAACUGGCAAUCCAACGCCGUUUUGAUGGGCCAGGCUCUGUCGUUCAGGGUCACGGGCAGUGACAAGCGCACCUCCACCUCAUGGAACGUGGCACCAGCACAUUGGCAGUUCGGUCAGACUUUCAAUGGAAAGAAUUUCCGCGUCUGAGUCCUUUUUCUUACCGCGCUCUAUAUUUUUAAUUUUUAACUUCUUUAAGUUUCCCGCUUUCAAUUUUCCUUUAUUUUCCCGGGAAAAUUUGGAAGUGGUGGGGUAGUAAAGUAAUAGAAGGUGAAAAAAAAAAUGGUGAUAGGUAGGAAAGUCACUCAGUGAGUGUGUGGUAACUUUUUCUUUUUAGCUUUAUUAUGUUAGUUUAAAGGUGUGUCUGUCUUAAUGGCGGCCGAGUUUAAAGUGUAUGGGCUGAAGUGGCUGCAAUAAGAAACAUGUAGCCCGCAGCUCUUAUUAUUAUAUGUUUUCGAUACUUUAAUAUAAUAUAUAUAUAUAUAGUGUAAUGAGAAACUUUUUAA